GAGGCUGACAGGAGGGCGGCGCACAGCGGGAGCUGCCGUGCGGGGUGGUGCGGGGAGCGCGGUGUGUGUGGUACGCAGGGCGAGAUGUUGUUUUGUUGUGGCGAUCAGCUGAACGUGGCAUCGCGGUCCGCUCUGACACACCAGCAGCAGCACCAGCAGCAGCACCAGCAGGCAACCCAACACAACAAACACCAACACGACUCCACGUACAAGGCAGCGCUACACACUCGCCGCGUCGGGGGCAUCUCAACCCAGGAAAUGCGGACUUCUGGCCCUUUCGCUUCGGGAUAGAUGGCUGCAGCGCACACUCUGUAGCGAGCUGAUCCACUCAGAAGCUGAACAGUUGCCACUUUGCAUUCAACAAAGGAGAUGUGGAAAGACCUUGGGAGGACUGUUAGAAUGGCUGUGGCUAGACAGGCGCUUACCUCCUCUGCACAGAAAGAACUUUUAUGUUUACCUGCAUCAAUGCAGCUACGGGACGGCUUUUAAUGAUGCCUCAUUUUGCCCUUUUGAAUAACUCUUGGCCCACGCUGAAAAAGGUCCUCACUUUUGAAUUACAGUUUAAUCUGUCAGUCUUCCAUCGCCUGUGAACUUUUUGUUUCCAUGUGUUUGUACCAAUGAGGCUCAUAGAGCCUUUUAUUACCUGUCUGUGAGGUCUCCUCCCCACUCUAUGGAGGCUGAGCCUAGCCGUCCGGCCAAUGGGGAGCGCUCUGGAAGGCAAGAGUCGCAGCGUGCAACAGCUGAGUCUUCAUUAGGGUCUUGUCCACCUCAGCAGCCCCAGCAGCCUUCUAAUCCUCGUCCUGUACAUAGAGCUUUGGGCCGCUUACAAAAUCGUCAACCCAAACGUACUGACCUGCUUCGGAUACAGCAGCAGCAAGCGGCAGCAUGGCAGCAUUCGGACACCCCGGGUACAUCUGGAGGCAGUUUUUUCUCUGCAACCUCAUCCUCAUCCCUCACCCCUAUGUCCUCCACCCAGGGUGAGCAUGGUCACGGGGGGCCACCUCAGUCCAGUCAUGAAGCUCCAGAAGGUGUCAGCUCUCCCAAAAAGGGGGAGAAGAAACCCCAAAAGCCAGGGAAAUAUGUGUGCUCAUAUUGUGGCCGUCCGUGUGCCAAGCCAAGUGUUCUUGAGAAACACAUUCGCUCCCACACAGGAGAAAGACCAUACCCAUGUGCUCCCUGUGGCUUUUCUUUUAAGACCAAGAGCAAUCUGUACAAGCACCGUAAGUCCCACGCCCAUCGCAUUAAAGUAGGCCUGGCUUCCAGUCGAGAUGAGCCUUGUUUAAGUGGACCAGAGGGUAGCAGUAUUGGAGAAGACCCUGAGGAGCACACAGAGGGAGAAAGCACUGAAUCUGAAGAUGAGACAGGCCAGCGCAAAAAAUCUUCUUCUAAGAAGAUGCUUCGACAGCAGAGGAAAGCACCUAAGGAGCGGCCUGAAGGCUCCGAGGAGAGCCAAAGGCCUGAGGACUCUCAGGCUGUCAAGCAAAGAUUGGCAUUGAGGCUUAGGAAACGUGGCCCUAGGUCUUCACCAGAUGACCCUCCCUCCUCCUCCCUCUCCACCUCAUCUUCUUCUUUAGGCCCUGGAAGUAAGGGCAGCACAGAGUCUGGCUAUUUCUCUGGAUCAGGUAGUACUGACCUGUCCCAAGUCAGCCCCCCAAGUUCCAGUGCCAAAACCUAUGCAGAAAUUAUUCUAGGAAAGUAUGGAAGACUGGGAGGGCAGCAGCGCAGUCCCCACCAGCACCAGCUUCCUACUUCACAUUCCUCAUCAUCAGGAACCGAGGAGAAAAGCAUUCCAUUUGCUGUACCUAAAACUCAAGUGAUAGAACACAUUACCAAGCUUAUUACUAUCAAUGAAGCAGUAGUAGACACCAGUGAGAUCGACAGUGUAAAGCCCAGACGCUCCUCCCUGUCCAGGAAAAGUAGUAUGGAGUCACCCAAAUUUAUUGCCCCUAAGGAUCCCUAUGCCUUUGACCCAAAAAUAGAGGCUGCAGGCCCCAGUGGUUUGAGGCAUCUCCAGAACCCUGAGGCAGAUCUACUGAACACACAGGAACUUUCAGCUGUGCCUCUUCUUAGAAGCCACUCAUUGCCGUCAUCUUCAAGCCAAGUGGAGCACUUCACUUCGGGCACUAUGUCUCCAAGAGGAUACCGACUAAGCCAGUCAUUUGAUGAGCAGCAAGCAGUGGUUGCAGAAAUGAGAGGCACCCAACGUAUGCUCAGACGCCAGCCUGCCAUAGAGGUACCUCUAGGUGCUGAGUCAAUGUUGGAGGCGGGCAGUCCUUUGUCCUCAGCCAGAGGAACACAUUUAGGCAAGCAGCCACAUGAGCCACAAAAGAGUCAAAGCGUGUUUGAAUGUAGAUCUUGUGGAGCCUGCUGUCAGCACAGUGAGGGCAAUGAGGCUCACAUAGGAACAUGUACAGGACCAAAACAAGAGGGCAAGGAUGCAUGUAGCCCGUGUAGAGAGACUCGGCCUCCGCUGAUGCACUCCAAGUUCCGAGCACUGGCCAUAGCUGUGAGGAAGAGGAGGAAAGAGGAGAGUCUGGAGGAGGACCCCCCUAGUCCUGGAACUGUACCCAUGUCAGGCAGCGCUGCAGGCCUUAUUUCAGUGCUAAGCAGACCAGACCACAGCCAGGCCCUCUCAGGUGUUACUUUACAGACUGAGCCAAACCAACAGCAGCAGUGGGACAGGAAGGGUGUUUCUGUCAUCCAACACACUAGUUCUUUUGAGAAACAAGAGAGUUUAUCUAUGGAAAGUCAUGAGCCAGACCUUAGAGAAAAUCAGCAGCCACAAGAGCUUGAGCCAAAACCCUCACCCUCUACAUCGCGUCUCAUCCGCCAGCCAAACAUCCAAGUGCCAGAGAUCCUUGUUACUUUGGAGCUUGAUGCUGACAUGCCAUCUGUUUCACCCCCAGUGAGAACAUCUUCGUCCAAGGAACUCGAGAAAGCCGAGGAAUUCCAGUGGCCACAGCGUAGCCAGACUCUGGCCCAGCUACCUGCAGAGAAGCUGCCACCAAAGAAGAAAAGACUGCGCUUAGCAGAAGCAGCUCAGUCCUCUGGGGAGUCCAGCUUUGAUUCUCCUUCUCUUCCACGGAGCCCUAGUCAAGAAAGUAAUGUCUCAAGCCUCUCGGCUUCUUUUGAGGACACAGUACGUUCAGAGCCAGUUGCCUGGGCCUCUGGCAGCCAAAGCUCCCAGAUGCUGAUGGUGCCAUCUGUUUCUCACCAACAACACCAAAGCCACAAGGAGAUGAGGCGUUCAGCAUCAGAGCAGGCCCCUCCUAGGCCCCAACAAACUGAACAGAUCUCAGAAACAAGAAGUAAAUCCUUUGAUUAUGGAUCCCUUUCCUCUCAGCAGUCCACAUCCUCCUGGAAAGAAAGGAGAAAGUUUCUUCUUGUAAAACAGGCUACUUUAGGUGAACCAGAGCAGGAGAUGGUGGGCAGUAUUAGCCAAAGUCCAAUACCUGGUCCUUCUCACCCCAACAUCCCUUAUCUCUACCCUACUGAAGUAAGUCCCCACUUCUGUCUGGAUGCCGAAGGGAAGCCCAUGCAGCUAAUACAAUCACAAAUGUUCUCACCCUCUCACAAUGUGCUCCCUUUGCAACCCAUAGGACAUGCUUUUCAAACUGGAGCACUUUCACAGCUACUCCCCAUAACCACAGCCAUAACUGAGGUCCUGUCUCCCCAUGUCAUUCACAGAUCCUUCUUACAUUCACAAUCAGGAUCUCCUUCACAGACCCACCCAGGGCAGGUGCACUUGCCAGAACGGUUGAGAUUACCACUACACCAUCUCACACCUCUUGUUUCUCUCCCUAGCUCAUCAGGGGUUAGAAGUAGUCAGCCUUUACGUUUUCCUGUUCUGCCAAGAAUUGGAACACACAUUCCUUCUCAGUCCUCUACAGAGACCAGACCACCCAUCUCCUCCAUUUCUUCUUCUUUGACCCAUCAUUCUCUUGUAGCUAUCUCAUACCGCCAACAACAACCGGUCAUUGCCACAUGCCUGGCACAGCUUCCACCAGUGGUAUCACUUGUAGUGCCAGUGCGCCUCCAAACCCAUAGACCUACAUUUGCCAGUGCCAUGUAUACCACCCUUUCUCAGAUUUUGGCUUCCACUCACUCACAGGUGUCAACUUCUUGCACAGCUAUGAUCAUCAUGGCACAAACAGAACGGGACAAGUUGCAAGAAUCUUAUCUUCGAGUUCCAUCUUCAUCCAUCCAGAGCCUUUUUCCUCUGUCCUUGUCUGAGGAGCUGUCCUCAAUGUCUGGGGAGGCAUAUGGUCCUCUGGGAUCUGGAGGAAGCAAACGUAUGCUUUCUCCUGCAGCUAGUCUGGAGCUCAGCACUGAGGCUAAGCGACACCAGAAAAGAGUAAAAGAAGAGGAGGAGGAGCAAUAUAAGAGUGUGGAAGAAAAUGUAGAACCCAAGGUAAGCCAGGAGGAAGAAAGCAAAAUCAUGGGAAAAACACUGGAAGAGGGAGAGAAGCAGCAAACCGACAGAAUAGAGGGGACAAUGGUCAAAUUAGAGGAGGUACAGGAACGAGUCCCGAGGAAAAGUAACAGGGAAGAAAAGGAAAGACAGGAGAAAUCACCUGAAAAGAUAAGUCAAAAAAAGGAAGAAGUGCCAACUCCAGAAGUGGGGGUUGAGAAACUAAGCCUCUCUUCAUACCCCAGCCUCCAUACGUCCACCUCAGUAAAUUGGUGCUACCUGAAUUAUGUCAAACCCAACCCGUCUGCUGAGAAAGACCCUUGUACCUCAGUUUAUUCUACGUGGAGCGUCAGCGCGCACAACCCCAACCUGCCAGGCCUGAGCACUAAAGUGGCUUUGUCUCUGCUGUGCUCUAAACAGAAACAUAGUUCUGAAACAUAUACCAUGGCCACUGCUUCGACAUCAGCCAGAAGUGACCCGGUCCCUGAAAGCAGCAAAACUCCACAUAUAUCAGAGGUACAAGCUACCCCACCUAGUACGCUCCCUGAGGUGAAGGAUGACGAGACCCAUGAGAAGACUUAUAAAAAAAAGACAAGAGAAGAGGAAGCUCCUUCCACCUCCAAGCAAGGCGAACAUAGUUGGGUCCGGAUCUUUGAAGGAGGCUACAGGUCCAAUGAGGAGUACAUCUAUGUGAGAGGUCGUGGCCGGGGAAAGUACAUAUGUGGAGAGUGUGGCAUUCGCUGCAAGAAGCCCAGCAUGCUGAAAAAGCACAUCAGAACGCACACCGAUGUCCGCCCGUACGUCUGCAAACACUGCAACUUUGCCUUCAAAACCAAAGGAAACCUUACGAAGCACAUGAAGUCAAAGGCUCAUGGGAAGAAAUGCCAGGCAGUGGGAGUGUCUGAGACAUCGCUGGACGAGCCAGAGAGUGAGGAAACAGCAGGCAGUGAUGAGCGUGUUUUUGGCUCAGAGGAGCAGGAGGAGCAUCAGUUCUCAGAUGUGGAGGAGUCUGAUGAUGAGGAUGACAAUGAUGAUGAUGAGGAGGAUGAGGAGGAAGAAGAGUCUACGUCCCAUGAAGACCCGCCGUCCUCCUGUUCAUCGGACACUCAUCCAUCAACGGGAGGGCACUCCAGCUGUGGAAAGCAUGACACCCCCGAUCCAGACCCAGGCCCCUGCGAGGAGUCUGCUCCACGGGGAGUCUGGCCCAGCAGACGGCCCUCAUCUCCAGGCAGGAGGAGGGCGCUGUUCUCUAGGCGAGGCUGGAAGGGCUCUCCAAGGGCCUUCUCCCCCAGCAGCGAGAGCUGCUCCCCUAGCCGCAGCCUCUCCCCCCGUCUGGAGCUGUCCUCUCCAAUCCGCAGCCUGUCCCCCAGGACAGAAUUGUCCUCGCCCAGCAGGCAUGUCUCACCUUCCCCUGAGAAGAGAUUAUCUCCCAUCAGAGCACAUUCUCCUCUUCAUGUCAUUUCACCCAGCUGCUACCGGCCAUCUCAAGUUCAAACCACUCCAUCGCCACUUCGGGCACUGCACAGAACCCCAGGAUACCUGCCCUGGGAGAGCCCAGACACAAAGGGAGGUCAAGUUAGACCAGAGAAAGGUGGUGCCGCAGGAGAAAGGCCAACAUUGUCAGAAACCAAUUUGUUCCCACCUGCUUUCCGUCUCUCCACCUGCGAAGCUUAUCCUGGCCUCCAUGCAACAGACAACAUCUUCAGCCAUCUGCCCAUGCACUCCCAGCAAGCAAAGGUCCCCUGCCUGAUGAUACCCAUUGGUGGGAUCCAAAUGGUACAGGCCAGACCAAGGUCCCACCCGACUACUCCCUCAUCUCCAACAUCUCCCCAACUGGAAGGGCCAUCAUUGUCCCGAUUUGAAUCAUACUGGGGCGGGACCCCCAGGACUCAGGGCCUAAGGACACCUGGAGACGCCUGGUCAGAGCACCAGGCAGCAGGAGCCAGCCACUACCCUCUUAGCACAGAACUUACUUUUUCCAAACCCAAGUUGGAGACCACAGACUCAAAGCAACAUGGCAGCUCACAUGGCUCCGUCCGCCCCAAUGGGUCUGCCACAGAGACCACCGAAUGUGGCGCCAGAGACGGUCAAACCGGAGCGCCUACCCUCAGAAUAGCAGCACCCAUAGUCUAUCAUGCCAUAGGAACGCCACCAGAGCAGGGGCAGCUGGCGUCAAGCAGCAAUGUGGCGGAAGGAGACUCUAAAGGAGACUCGGUCAGAACAGAACAGAGCACUUAACAGUGUUGACACCUUGAUGCAUCUCGCAUCCAGUUUUGGUUUAUUGGUUGCUACACUAGUCUUGUUUUUUAUUGCUUUGUUUUUUAUACAGAUUUCAAUACUAGUGUUAACUUAAAUGUUUGUUCUUUGGCAAUAUUCAGGUUUGUUAUAAAAAUGCACUUUUUUAUGUGUGACAAUAUUGUACCUGUAAUUUUAUGUAUAUAUAUAUAUAGAUAUCUAUCUAUAUAGAUUUAGAAAUAUCUAUAUAGAUAGAUUAUAUAUAUAGAUAUAUAAUAAGAUACUGCUAAUCUCAAUGUCUAUUUGAAUAUGUGUAAAAAAGGAGUAUGAAUAAAUUUGUAAAUGACCAAAAUGUUUCAUCAUUAAAAAAAGACAGUUCCCAUUUAGGUUGUUCAGUAUUACUCAAAUUGUAGGGUCUUGUGCCUUUUCUGUCCAUUUUUGUGUUAUUUUACAUGUGAACAUACACAAAGAGAAGGCUGUGAAUUCAGUUUUGUUAUUAUUAUUGUUUUAUGCUGUUAUGGAGGGUUGAUAUUUGGUGUUUUGUUUCUAAAGGCCAUUGCUUUAUCGCCAGAGUAACUAAGUCACAUCAUGGGAAAACCUAAGGAGCAACUGAAACAUGUCAAAGGAUAUGCACUGACGUUCUAUUUUUUUACUAAAUGCUUCAGAUUAGAAUAUGUGUCUGUACAAGUGAGAGUGCUCCUUAUUUAUUAUUUGAUGACAUUGAUCCUUGUUUUUUUUUUUUUUUGUCAUCGGAGGAAAAAUAACUUUUUUUGAUUUUUUUUUUGUUUGUCUUUUUCAAGAUAUUUUCUGACUUGAACUGGUGGCAAAGAUGAGAAACUGAUGAAUUUGGCUGGCACCAAAGGUUUAAGUGCCCUGCAUAUUUCACACAGCAAAAUUUCUAGUUGCUAAAGAAUUAAUAAAAAACAAGAAAAGCACCGGGCUUCUUAAAGUUUGACCUUUUUUUAUUUCUCACAGUCAAUUUUGAAACACUGAAGUGUUUCAAUACAGCAAGAAGAUUGGACGAAAAUAUUUGAAAGAUCUCUGAUCAUUUUGCUACAAACUCCAGUUUAAAAGUUGGUAAUCCUAAAAAAUAAAGGAUCAGAAAAUCUG